GGCUUUACAUGCAGCUCCUGCGUACAUCAAGGAGAUGUAUGUGGUUGGUGCUCACAACAUUGUGCAAUAUUCCAAGAACGGACUUCAUUAUGUGAAAUAGGAAGUCCUCCAGCUUGUCCUCCCUCUCAAUGUACAAGUGCAUCACCAAUAAAUUGUACUGGUUCCACACCUGAGCCUUAUGUUACACACAUGGGUUUCUCAGCUGGAGUUGUGGUCGGCGUGAUGUUCGGUGGAGUGUUCCUUGGAUCUAUCAUUACCUCAUUUGUUUUUAUUUUCCUUUGGCAAAGAGCAAGAAAAGAACAGGAGAAAAAGAAGAAUGUCUUGGAAAAUUGUAACCAUAACCCAGCGUACGAGAACGGAGAUGAUGAUCAAAUGAAUACAAGAAACAGGACACCAAAACCUACAAAAGUAUCACAUGUUAAUCCCAUUCCAAGGGAAAAUAUUCCUACAUCCCAAGCCACGGAAGACGGUGUAUAUAACCAUUUAAAUGAAGCAUCUACAUCUACAAAAACAGAUGACGUUUACGACCAUGCUAGACCGCAUUCCUCGACAUCAGUACAUUGUGAGGGGUACGGAACGUUGGUGUUUGAUCAUGAAGGAAAUGAUGUUUACAUGGAAGGAGAUGGCAAGGGAGCUGGAUGUAGUGUUGAAAUGGAAACUAAAAAUGAAUACACUGCUCAUAAUUACUUUGUCCUUGAAAAAGAAACACCAAAAUAGAUGUAAUCUAUUAUUAGUAAAAAAAAAGGUGUUUUUUAAUUAUAAUGUAGAUAUAAUUUCAACAUGUGAUUGUGCGCGCAAUUAUAAAUUCAUUUUUGUA